AUGCCUAAAGAUCGAAUAAAAGAUUUGCCAAAACCUACUGCAUGGUCUCGUGUUUCGUAUAGAAGAGUUUCACGACAAAUUGAUUUACUUCGAGUACUUAUUGAUAAAAUCAGAGAACUUACACAAGCUGUUAAAAUAAUUCAUCAAAGAGUGAUCGAAUCUCUACCUGAUCCUAAACUUGGACAAGAACUUGAUGAAAAAACUGCUGAUAUAAAAAGAUUAGCAUAUGAUAUUACAGCAAAACUAAAAAGACUGGAAGAAUUGCAUCAAGAUCAACAUGGAAAUAAAGGAAGUGCUCAAUGGCGUAUGGCCGAAUUACAAAUAUUUAAUAUAACUAGAGAGUUUCGUGAUAUUAUGAAUCAAUAUAAUCAAGAAUAUUGUGAACAUCGAGAAAAAUGUAAAAAAUCUAUUAUACGUGAAUUUGAAAUAACUGGCAUUCGAAAAACUGAUAAUGAAUUAGAAGAUAUAAUUGAAAAAGGUAUUCAAGGUGCAAAUACUUUUUCAAUUAUGAUUGAUACAGAAGAAAUUAGACAACAAGCCAUUUUUAUUGAAGAACGUCAUCGUGAUAUACAAAAACUUGAAAAUUCUAUUAGAGAAUUACAUGCUAUGUUUGCAGAUUUAGCUUUGCUUGUUUCAACUCAGGGUGAAAUGAUUGAUAAUAUUCAACAAAGUGUAGCAAAAGCAGCUGCUUAUGUUGAACCAGCAGUAAUUAACAUUGAAGAUGCAAGAAAGAAGAAAGAUAGCAUUAGAAAAAAAAAAAUUAUUAUAUGUAUUAUUGUAAUUGUUAUUAUCGUUAUUCUUAUUCUCAUAUUUGUUGCUUAUCAUACAACUCAGAAGUUCAUAUCAGGACGAUAA